CCAGUACUCUUCAUUAAAUGUUCCCAACAUAACAUAAAACACAUGUAUACCAAUAUAACAUCCCUUCUAAGAGCUCGUAAUGAACUAGAAUUUUACUCUCCCUGUGCUUUUAAUCAGGCUAUUCUUAGACCGUUAGUAUUCAACAUAGUUGGAGAUAAUCUUUUAUACCGACAACGUUUACCUAAUAUUGAUCUCACUGAUGAAGAAUUUUUGCAUCGUAGGAACGAGCAUUUAUAUUUCAGAAAUAGAUAUAUGGUCUCAGAUUGUAGAUGUCGCUCAAACACCAAGCUUAUCCCAACGGAUCGAUCUGUACAAGAAUGUUCUUGGACCUGGGCCGAUAUAAAUUUAAACAGAUAUUGUGUUUAUCUUCUUAGGUAUAGGACUUACUUUGGCAAUUACGAUGCUAGAGAAGAUGACCUACCACGUUACACAAAAACCCCUAAUGAAUGUAGUUGCGAAUUCAACCCGAAAGGUGUAGGAAGAAAAGCAAUUUGA